UCUGCUUCGUCUUCAUCUUUAUUAUAAAAUUUCUCUGCUCCUUUAAUUUUUCACCAUUGAAGUUUGCUAGUGUUUCUCUCUCUACAGAUGGAUUCUUCAACCUCCGUUCUCUGCUUUCUUCUCCCUAUCCUCUUCUCUCUCACAUCCACCCUCUCUACGAAUUCUGAAGGAAAUGCGCUACAUGCAUUGAGAAGCAGGCUUUCGGACCCCACAAACGUGUUGCAGAGCUGGGACCCGACCCUGGUCAAUCCCUGCACCUGGUUUCAUGUCACCUGCGACUCCAACAAUCGUGUCAUUCGUCUGGACUUGGGUAAUUCCAAUAUUUCUGGGUCUUUGGGGCCUGAGCUCGGCCAGCUUCAGCAUCUGCAGUACCUGGAGCUUUAUAGGAACAACUUUGAAGGGAAAAUACCCAAGGAGUUGGGUAAUUUGAAAAACCUUAUUAGCAUGGAUUUGUAUGACAACAAAUUUGAAGGGAAAAUCCCCAAAUCUAUUGCCAAAUUGAAGUCACUCCGAUUUCUGCGUCUCAACAAUAACAAGCUGACAGGAUCCAUCCCCAGGGAGCUAGCCACCCUCUCUAACCUCAAAGUUUUUGAUGUUUCAAAUAAUAACCUGUGCGGAACAAUUCCAGUUGAUGGCCCCUUUGCUAAUUUCCCCAUGGAGAGUUUCCAAAACAACAGAUUCAGUGGGCCAGAGCUACAAGGACUGGUGCCCUACGACUUUGGAUGCUGAAAAAAAUAGGCUAAGAAAUCAGCGAUCCUCUUUUGUACUACUUAUUGUAUGAUCAAGCAGCAGGCUCAGGCUUAUGUCUAGCUUCAAUAUAUAUCAUAACUCUGUGGAUAAUUAUAGUAACUUAAAACACUUGGCAAAAUAAGAAAAUAGCUAGCUUGAAAAAUCUGGGUUUGUAAUCUUAUAACAGAUAUUGUUUCACCUGUGUUGUAAAA